AUCAGAGUGGUCUUCAGGGGAGGAGAAGACUGAUGGUUUACCUGUCUUAGGGGGGGGGCUGCCUAGUGCUUGCUUCAUUGCCGUGACUCCCUCGCUGCUUCCACCUGUUCCCAUGGGAGGUGAUCCCUUCCGGCCAGGAUCUCCUCCCACGUCCAGGAUCCUUUGCUGUCCAGGAUGUCCUCCCACGACCAGUCCUCCUGACCACGCUGCUUGGUCCGUUUGUGGUGGGAUCUUCUGUAACGUCGGAAGGAGGUGCAGCAUGAGGAAGAUAAUGCAAUCAGCUUAUGAUGACCUGGCCAAGCAGAGGAUGCAGCAGUCCAGGGCUUUGUGUUCAGAGGCCGGGCCAGGAGGUCUGAACUUGGGGAAGAAGAUCAGCAUACCCAAGGAUGUGAUGAUGGAGGAGUUGAACCUUCAGUCCAACCGUGGCUCCCGCAUGUUCCAGGAGAGACUGAAGAGGGUGGAGAGGUUCACUCUGGAGAACCAAGUCAAUGACUUAUACAGCAAUGGCCUACCAGAGCCCAUGCCUUCCCAGACAGUAGAAGAGCCCCAGGGGGGGAAGGAGAACCAGGCAUAUAUGAUGCCUGGCAAACACAGCCUGAUCACCACCCUACAGAAAACUGUGGCCAAGAAGGGCAGCCCCAAUGUCAUUGCCCCAGGCUACGGGAGCCCCUUGAAGGAGAUCCCCCAUGAGAAGUUCAACCUGACAACCAGGUCCUACUGUUCCCCCUGGAGGGAAGCCCUGGGUGACAGUGACAGGCUCCUGUUGACUCUCAGCACCCAGCUCCCACGGGGGGCCACACUACAGCCGGCCAACUACAGGUGCUUCAACAGAGCGGCCACACCUUUUGGAGGCCCACAGCAGCAGAGUAAGAGGGUGAUCCCAGUGAAUGGGUUCGAACUGUUGGACUCACAGCACCUCCCUGGUACGACCCUGGACCGCAUGUGUAAACGGCCCAACUUCAACAGAGCACCACGGGGAUGGGGUCAUGACUACUCCCCUGAAUCCACCGACCUGUGAUUGGCCCACUGCUCACCCACGUCCUUCAAACUUCUGGUGACAUCACAGGCUAAAAGACUGAAGCAUUAAUCUGCUCUUAUUACCCAUCCUCAUCCCUCUGGAUUCAAAGAUGACCUAUCCGGAUUAGGAAGAAGUUGCCCCUAAAUACAGAUAUUUUCAUCUGUUUAAUAGUUAGGAUAAGGGUAGAUCUGUGGUUAGGGGCAACUUGUAACUCGAGUGAUCCCUGUUAUUGAGUCACUCCUCCUUUCUUUCAUCUUAAUGCCCUCUUACCCAUCCUCACUCCUCCAUUCACCUCACCACUUGCCUCCCUUCCCAUCCCCUGUUCACUCAUCCCUCCCUCUUUCAGACCCCCCCCCCCUGUUUAUAAAGGACUGACAGUGUGAUCUUGAUUAAUGUAAAUGUAAAUGAUAGAGUACUUGUUUUAAUGGCAUAAGCGGACAACAUACGUGAAACAUU